AUGACUGUCACCGAGUCAAUUAAGAAUGCGGUUGGCCUUGGAGAGACCACUGCGACCCGCCAGGAAAUGUCGGAUGCCCGCCUUCCCAUGCAGUAUCGCGACUCAUGUGCCCACCUCCUGAUCCCUCUCAACCGAUGCCGACAAGCAGAGUACUAUCUUCCCUGGAAGUGCGAGGAUGAGAGACACUCCUAUGAAAAGUGCCAAUAUGACGAAUUUAAAAAGCGCGUUGCCAAGAUGGACGAGCUUCGUGCCGCCAAGGAGGGAGCUCGAAGCAACUAA